GCCACCUGUUCAAGAGAACAGUAUAGUUGCAGCCCGAACGUUCAACCGAGAAUUCGCCACUUGUUGGAUUUUGCUGUGGAUCGUGCAAUCGUAAUCGCAAAGAUGCGUUCAGAUUCACGAAACAACGUCGAGGAAACUAACUUUGGGAACAGCAUAAUGACGGCAGGGAUGACUUGUCGCAAGUCCUCAAGAACUUCUUGUCAACGGGAACUUGAACUUACCGACUCGUCGUCGAUCAGCGAUGAUACUUGCACCGGAUCGGAUGGACAAGGUCGGAACGGCAGCGGGGCAAUUAGAUCCGGUAAUCGGAGAAAGCGCAAGUCCAGUGGCAAAGACAAGAACGUCCGGAGACUAGAAAGCAACGAGAGGGAAAGACUGCGAAUGCACAGCAUCAAUGAUGCAUUUCAGUCCCUAAGGGAGGUUAUACCACACGUAAAAAAGGACCGUCGGCUGUCAAAAAUCGAAACGCUCACGUUGGCCAAAAACUACAUCAUCGCCCUGACCAAGAUCAUAUGUGAAAUGAGGGGUGAACUGGACCCAUUCAAGGACUCGCAAGAAGAAUCCGGUAGUGUGACUGUGUCGUCCUCAGUCGCCGCAAACACCGGGCCAUCGUCAUCUGUAACGGCGGCAACAGCAGCGGCUGCCGAAAUCGACAGACGUCUACAAUUAGCACUACAAAACUCAGACGAAUCAAUGGAUCUUUCUUAAUCGACGACAAACCACCAUUAUAACAACAAAUCCAUCGCAACCGCCAUCAACUUACUUAUAUGUUAUCAUUUGCUUAACUAUACGUUAAAAUACUUUUUAACGUGUUUUGAUUAAAUUCAGUCAGUUUUCUCAUGUCAUAGACUCAUAGUCCUUACGAAUACAUACGAAUACGUUUUCGUUAACCAAGUUUUAAUAAUAAUAACGUAUCUAUCUAAUUGUAAGUACAUAAUAAUAUAAAUAAUGUCCCGAUUGGCCUGAGCUUUUUAGUUUUCACAUUAAAAAAAAUUAUCAAUUAGCAUCUAGUUAUUUUCUAACCAGUAAAUUAAAAACCGAAA